AUGUGGAUUCUUGGAGGUGAAGAUAAUCAGUCAGCAUGUUUUAUAUUCCCACCUAUAGUUACAUCCGGGUGUUCUUCAGCAGGAUCAGCAUCUUGUCAUGGUGAGGGAUAUAUCGGAUGUUUUGUAGAUUUUCCUAGUAACAGAGUGUUAUCUGGCAGUAUGAAUACUAGUCAAUCGAUGAGUAUUUCAUAUUGCAUCCAGUUCUGUCAAGAGUCUAACACGGCUUACUAUACAUACGCUGGUGUUGAAGCUGGAUACGAAUGUUUUUGUGGAGUAGCCAGUGAUAACUAUUCGAGAUUUGGUGUGGGAGUAGAUUCGAACUGUUCUUUUCCAUGUAAUGGAGAUCCUACUGAGAGUUGCGGUGCUUUCGGAUUCAUAGCUGUCUUUAAGAGUGAGUUCCGAUCUUAA